AUGGAAAAACUUUUUCACACUCUUCUCACAUUGUUACUAUUCGCAAUUCAUACUCUGCCGCCUCUCGCCGGUUCUUUUCCGAUUUCUCCAAAUUUUCCGGCAGUUUUCAACUUCGGAGACUCUAACUCCGACACCGGAGAACUCACCUCCGGUCUUGGAUUCCGCCUCCGACCUCCAAAUGGACAAACCUACGUCUUCAAACCUCCAUCUUCCGGAAGAUUCUGUAAUGGACGUCUCAUCGUCGAUUUCCUAAUGGAAGCAAUUGGUCGGCCCUAUUUGAGGCCUUAUUUGGAUUCGAUAAGCCCACAAAGUUACCGGAGAGGCUGCAAUUUUGCGGCGGCAGGGUCAACGAUUCAGAAGGCAAAUGCUGCAUCCAUUAGCCCCUUUGGUUUUGGUGUUCAAGUCUCUCAAUUCAUCACUUUUAAAUACAAAGUCCUUCAACUGAUACAACAAGAUGAAGAGUUCGAAAGAUACUUACCGUCCGAAUACUAUUUCAAAAAUGGACUGUACAUGUUUGAUAUCGGACAAAAUGAUCUUGCCGGAGCAUUUUACAACAAGAACUUAGAUCAAGUUCUUGCUCUGAUUCCUACAAUCUUAGAUAUAUUUCAAGAUGGAAUAAAGAGAUUAUAUGCAGAAGGGGCAAGAAACUUUUGGAUACACAACACAGGACCACUUGGGUGUUUAGCUCAGGUUGUGUCAUUAUUUGGGAGAGACAAAUCAAAACUCGAUGAGUUUGGUUGUGUCAGUGACCAUAACCAAGCUGCUAAGCUCUUCAAUUUUCAGCUUCGUGAUCUUUUCAGAAAACUCCCUGAACAAUAUCCUGAUUCCCGUCUCACAUACGUUGAUAUCUUCUCCAUCAAAUCAGACCUCAUCAUUAAUCAUUCCAGUUACGGUUUUGAUCAUUCGAUAAUGGUAUGUUGUGGAACCGGAGGACCGCCAUUGAACUAUAACAAUCAGGUUAGUUGCGGUUCGACAGGGAAAGCAAAUGGUACGACAAUAAUAGCCAAAGCUUGUAGUGAUAGUUCCAAAUAUGUUAGCUGGGAUGGAAUUCAUUACACAGAAGCUGCAAAUUGGUUUGUUGCACGACACAUUCUCACCGGCAAAUAUUCUGAGACGGCAUCGUUUUGGAAUCCUUAG